AUGGGGCACGGGCAGGAACUGAUCGCAGAUUUUGGGCAGUCUCAGAGUGAGGAGGCCAUCGGGGAGCAAGUCCAGGAGCUGCUGCUCUACGAACUGGGUUUCCUGGUCUGCAUGGCCAUCGGGCUCCUCUUCAUCAUCCUCGUGCCCCUGGUGGGAUGCUGCUUCUGCUGCUGCCGCUGCUGUGGGAACUGUGGGGGCCGCAUGUACCAGAAGCAGGGCCGGCGGAUGGGCUGCCGGCGCCGGGUGCUCUGGGCCGGUGUCCUGCUGGUCUCUGCUCUCCUCCUGGCUGGCAAUGUCUGCGCCUUCGUCAGCAACACCCGCUUCUCCCAGGCUGUGUGUGGAACCUUCCCCAAUGUCAACAACACCCUGGACAACGUCCGCAUCUACGUGGCCUCCAUCCCCCAGCAAAUCAAUUUUGUCAUCGACAGCAGUGACGUCCCGCUGGGUCACGCCAACCGCAGACUCCAGGACAUUGGGCCCAACCUGGGUAGCAUGAUCGUCUUGGGCAUCAGGAGGAGCACGGACGGGGCUCUGGGAUCCCUCCAGAGCCUCUUGCAAGGGAUGGAGACGCUGGCGGCCGCCUUUGGCAGCAUCGCCAGCACUCACUUGCACCUCGAGGAGCUGCAGAGAAACUACAGCCGGCGGCUGGCCAGCCUGCAGGACGGUCUCAACCAGACCCUGCAGCGCUGCGGCCACCCCUGCGGCAGCGUGUCCCUGGACGGCCUCACCUUCAGCGCCAACUUCAGCACGAUCCCCGGUGUGGAGCGGCAGCUGGAGGCACUGGGUGAUGUGUCUGGCUCCAACAUAGCAUCUGAUUUAGAGAAGGUUAACAGCACGCUGGACACGACCCCUGCCAAGGUGCAAGAGCAGUCCCAGGACGUGGUGACAAAGACCCAGGACCAGCUGGGCCUCAUCAGGCAGGAGAUCAGAAGCUGGCAGGAGCAGUUGCCGCUCCUGGAAGUGGAGGAGAAUAUUGAGGCCUUUGUGGGCAACGCCACGUCGGUGCUGGAGGAGUACAGGGAGCCGAUCAUCACCUUGGAUAGGCUCAGGUGGAGCAUAUGUGUCCUCUUGUGCUGCAUGGUGCUGCUGGUGGUCCUCUGCAACGUCUUUGGGCUGCUGCUGGGGCCCUUGGGGCUGAAGGAAAGUGUGCUGCCCACGCAGCGCAGCAGCCUCUCCAAUGCUGGCGGGAACUUCUUCAUGGCAGGGGUCGGCUUCAGUUUCAUCUUCUCCUGGCUGCUGAUGCUGUUGGUGCUGAUCACCUUCGUGCUGGGGGGGAACAUCUACAUGCUCAUCUGUGAGUCCUGGCGCAGCCAGCAGCUCUUCCAGCUCCUGGACACUCCUGGCCUGAUCCCUGGCUUCAACCUGUCAGAGCUGCUGGGCCAGGAGGGUGGCACAGCAAACUUCUCGGAGAUGUACAGGCAGUGCCAGCGAGACGCUGCCCUGUGGCAAAUGCUGCACCUGGACCAGACCGUGUCCCUGGAUGAGCUCUUGAACAUCAGCCAGUACACAGGAGAGAUCUCCAUGGCCUUCGAGAAGAUGAAUAUCACCCUGAGCCCCAUCUCCCUACUCAGCCAAAGCCAGAGAGACUUGCUGCUGAAUGCCAGCCAGGCUGGGCAGCCCCCUGACUUCACCCUCACCCUGGAGCAGCUGGAUCAGAACGUGACCCAGGGAAGCCUCCUGGAUCUGGCCACAGAGCUGGAGCAGCUGGCAGACAAAGGCACGGAUGUGAAAGAGGACCUGAAGGCUGACGCUCGCAAGCUGAGGGAGCUGGACAAGGAGAUGCAGAUGAGCUUCUCUGGACCGCUGCAAAGCCUGAAGGAGAACAUCCACUCGGUGCAGAGUAGGGCUGCCCAGCUCAAGGCACAGACAAAAGCUGCGCUGGACAAAGCCAGAGAAACCCAGGAGUUCCUGGACAGGGAGACGGCAAACAUCAUCAAGAAUGACACAUGGGCCUUCCUGGAGGAGCUGUUGGACUUCUUUGAGACCUACAUCUCCUGGGCCAAGAGCAGGCUGACAGGAGAUGUGGCACGUUGCAAGCCCAUAGCUCAGACCCUGGAUAAUGUGGAGGCCAUCACCUGCAACUACAUCCUGGACUCUCUGAACACCUUCUGGUUCAGCCUGGGCUGGUGCACCUUCUUCCUGCUGCCCAGCAUCAUCCUGGCCAUCAGACUUGCCAAGUUUUACCGCCGCAUGGAGACCGCCGAUGUCUACACGAAUGAAACCUUGGAGAUGCCACCCACAUUCAACUUCUACAAAAUCCCCCGACCAUCCACAAGGCAUUAGCCCCCCGUUGCCCAGGCACAGAGGAGAUGGACAAGG